AUGGAGCAGCAAAAUGGAUCAACGAAUGCUUCUGCGAAUAUGUUCUCAAGUAACUGCUGGUUUAAUGCAUUUUCGUCGAACGAAAGCCUGAUUCAAAUCGUCGCUUUCUUCACGAUCCUCGUCCUGUCUUUGGUCGGAAAUAUCAUGAUCCUUUGCGUGGUGUUGAGGAAAAAACUACGAAGAAACAAUGACUUGUUCUUAAUGAACAUGGCUAUUUCUGAUCUUAUCAUUCCCCUCGUAAUCYUACCAAGGGAAAUUACAGUUUAUUACACGAAAGAUUUUGCUUGGCCAAUUGAUGAUGUGUGGGGCGACCUUUCUUGUAAGAUUUACGCCUUCCUUGAGAGCGUUUCCCCAAGUGUGUCUGUYCAAACGCUUAUCUGCAUGACGAUCGAUCGAUUCUAUGCCAUAGUUUUCCCAAUAAAAAUCAAUAUGUUAUCGCCAACAACUCGAAAAAUUAUGAUUUUUUCAACAUGGGCAAUAGCUAGCGUAGUAAACUCUCCUUUCUUAUGCUUCACUCGUGUUAUAGGAGGCGCGCAAGGAGACAAGGAGUGCAUUCUUGAAUGGAGUGACUCGCCGAGCGUAUCCCAACAAGCCAAUAACAUAUAUACCAUCUUUAUUCUGCUUUUUCAUUUUCUUAUUCCUAUGGUAAUGCUAACUUUGCUUUAUUCUAUCAUCUGUGUGAAGCUGAAGGCCAAGAACGAGGCGCAUUCAUCAGACAUGGCUAAAAGAAGGAUGCAAACAGCACGCCGCGUCACCAUCAUGACCAUCAUUAUCRUUGGUCUAUUUGGUUUACUGUGGGGCCCCUUUUUUACUAUCAUGCUUCUGCUUGCAUUUUACUGGAAAUGGAAUCUCCCUCCGAUCUGUUCUUGGCCAAAGAUUAUGCUAACUGUGAGAUUCUUAACAUUUUCGCACGCGGCUGUCAACCCGUUCGUAUGUUUUAUCUUCAUUGAAAAAUAUCGACGACAGAUAACCGUGGCUGUAGAAAAAGCUAGAGGUUUAACGGCUAAUUUUAUAGAAAUGAAAAGAAUCGUAGUACGAACUUCACAGUCGUUUACCCUCACGGAUUUGAAUGAAACUCAAGUAGUUGAUAGAUCUCCAGCCACUUUGCACACAAGUCGUACUGACUGUACCGACCGCUACUGA